UAUAAAGAAGAUUAAUAACCCUGAAGAUUGCCAUAGACAAUUAAACGAUUCCUGGACUCGUUGACCCUUGCGUUAGUUGUCAGAAAAUUGUCAAGGCUGGAACGAGUUUCACGCCCAAUCUGUACUGGCUCGUUCGUCAACGGGACACAACGCACAAUAAAAUUUUGGAUAUAUUUUUUGGGCAGCAAACGGGAAUGGAACGGAAACCCUUUACGUUCAAACAGCGGGAUUUGGGUAUGGACAGCCUUCCAUUUAAGCUUGAGGACGAGCGCAUGGAGAAGAAGGCCUAUCCAAUCAAUGGAGAAGCCGCUUAUCGGGACGCCGCUGGCAAUGCUCAUCCAGUCAUACGGCAGUUCAUCUUGCGCUGCGGCAUAGUCAACUAUCUGGGCAAGGUGCUGCAGCAGCGUUGGACCGAUUGGCACAAUCAAACCCUGCAGGAGAAUGCGCUCAAUCAGGGCGAAGAGGAGGAGGACCAGAAGCAGACCGCUGCCAAGGAGGAGCUCCACAAGGUGGUUGUGCAGCUGCACACAAAGCUGUCGGAGGCGCAUCGUCAUCUGAAGCGAGAGAUGAACGAUCUGUUCAAUUACGUCACGGACAAGCAGGAGAUGUGGAACUGCAAGGAGUACUUCAAGGUCAAGGCGGCUCUGGAGCUGGCCAAUAAGGAUCUAAUUAAGUUUGCUCCCACCAAAUUAGGGGAUUAAUGUUAACGCCAUCGCACGGUGAUGGUGAUGGUGUUUUCUCCAAACAAUAACAAUAUUUCAGUUAAUUAAAGCAAUAAUUUCAUAAA